AGGGGACUGAGAGGGAGGGCGCUGAGGGGAAGGAGCCUGAGGAGGAGAGGUGUGAGGUGAACAAGAGGGCGUUUGUGGCGGCGUGUGUGGAGGUGCUUGGGGGGCUGGUGGCGAUGGAGGAGGGGGGCUUGCCGGAUGCUUCUUGCGACGCGUGGCGGGCCAUAGGCUUCACUCUGCGCCACCUGUGCAACACCAUCUGCCCCACUCGCCCUGAGCCCGAAUAUGAGAUGGUGCUCAUCAAAGCAGCCACGCAGGAGGAGUUCCUGCCAGGGCGGCUGCAGCACAACCCGUACUCCACUAAACAGGUGGGCCCUUUGAUGCGCGAUGUCAAGAACCUCAUCUGCAAGGAGCUGGAGCUGCACGGGCUGAUGGACGACGACUAUGGCAUGGAGCUGCUGGUGGCAGGGCAGAUCUGCUCCCUGGGGCUGUCUGUGCGCGCCGUGUACGAGCAAGUGUGGAGACAGAGGGGGGCGAUGAGCGUAACCUUCCGGUUGCAGGGCCUAGAUGGCGAGGCCACGGAGCCAAUAGUGAAGGAGCUGGAGGAGGGGGGGGAGGAGGCAGCUGACCCUGAGAAGGAAUUCGCUGUUGCUGCUGCACUCGCGCCAGCUGUGCCAGCUGUGCCAGCUGUGCCUGCUGUGCCUGAUGGUGAUGGUGGUGACGAGGGGGGGGAUGAGGAGCCAAGUGCAGCAGGUGGACGAGGGUCAAGAGACGUGAGGAGCCGCAGUGGAGGAGGGAGAAGUCGCGCUGAGGUCAGUCCAGACGGCCUGCUGUUGCUGCUGAGGGUGCUGGAGGAAACAGCAGAUGAGGAGCUAGCAAGUGGGGAGGAGGACGUGGGUGACCUCUUGAAGCUGCUGCACACCGCGUGUCUCCUGCGGACCAAUCGCCUGCAUCUGCUGCGUGCCCACGCGCUGCCACGUCUGCUCGACCGCGCCACGCGUGCGGCUCUUUACGCGCAUGGUGUUGCCACGUCAGCCCCGGCCGGAGGCUCAGGGCCAGGCGCGACGGCAGGUGCUGCUGCUGCUUCCCAGGCCGCGCUGGCAGGUUCGGCGGAGGCCGCAGCUGAUGCCCUGCUUCGGAUUGUGGAUCUGUUGAUGGUGGAGGGUGGUGGCUUGGGGGGUGAGGCUGGGGUGGGCACAGCAGAGGAAAGAAUAAGCAUGGGAGAAGCAGGGGAUGAGAAGAACCAUGUAGCAGCGGGGCGGGGAGAAGAGGCAGUGAGGUUGUUUCUAGAGAAGCUCACUGCGGCAUCGCUCUCCCAGGCUGCUACUGGGGCGGGCUUAUCUGGGGCAGGCGUAUCCGGCUCACAAGCAUCUGCAAGAGGAGGUGUGCCAGGAGGGGCGGGAGGGGCGGGAGGAGGGGCAGGAGGGGGGGGAGGUGGGGGAGGGAGGAAGAAGAAGCGGGAUUUUUCGGAGAGUGUGGUGCGGAUACUGCCGUAUAUGACGUAUGGGGAGGGCAGAGCCAUGGAGGUGCUAGUAGACCAUUUCCGCCUCCUGCUGCUGGACUGGCGGGGGUUCGACCGGCUGGUAGGGCGGCAGAGAAGGGGGAGGCAGGAGGAGGAGGAGGGGUUGGCGCAUGAGCACGGGUCUGGAGAAGGUGGGAGGGAGGGUAGGAGGGAGGAACAAGGCGGGGAGGAAAGUGGUCGUGAGGAAGGGGAGAAGGAGGAGGGGACUGAGGAGGCGUGUGAGGAGAGGCGGAGGCAGGCGGUGCACUGGUGGCAGAUGGCGGGGCACUUCGAGCGGCUGGCCGGAGCGAUCAGGCAGGAUGGCAGUGGGUUAAAGCUGCGUGCUCUGAUCCUGGAGAGGGGCAUUCCGCAAGCUGCUGUGCGCCAUCUGCUCGCGUCCUUCCCCCCCUCCGCCCUCUCCCCCUCCUCCGACCUCUCUGACCUGCGUGCCCUGCCCUCCUGGCAACGCGCCCUCACCCUCCCGUCGCUGCCUCUCAUCCUUGGGCUGCUGCUCGGGCUGUGCCACGGCCACCCCCCAACGCAACGAGUUCUGCUGCACGCGGGUGGGGAGGAGGGCGUGCUGGGUGGAGAGGAGGGCGAGCUGGGCGGGGAAAAGGGGGUUCUGGUUGGGGAGAAGGGAGUAUUGCCACUGCUGCUGCUGCUGGAAGGGGUUGUGGGGAAUGAUGGUCUGGGAGCGAGGGCUGAAGCGCUGCUGGAAGUGCUGGGUGGGGGGGAGGAGGGGGGAGAGGGGGGCGAGGGAAGUGCGGGAGGUGGGGCAGGGGCAGGGGCAGGGGCAGGGGCAGGGGCAGGGGCAGGGGCAGGGGCAGGGGCAGGGGCAGGGGCAGGGGCAGGGGCAGGAGGGGAGUGGAAGGGGACGGAGCAGGGAGUCGGGGAGGUGGGGAGAGGCGGUGAGGUGGGCAUGGAUGAGGAGGUGUGGCAGGCGGUGGCUGCGCUGAGGGCCGGUGCCAAGGAGAGGAGGCGAGAGAAGGCGAUGCGGCGACGGAUGGAGCUGAUGAAGAGCAUGGGGGUCAAAUCCCAGCUGGCACCUACCGGGGCCCACCGCAUUGUGCUGACAUCAGCAAAGCCGUCAGUAUCUGGGGAAGGCGCAGCCAGUGCAGGCACCACUCCAGUAUGCGCAGACAAAGCAGAGGAGGGAGAGGAGGAGGAGGGCAAAGAGGGAGUGGAAGAGGAGGACGAGGAGUUUGGGGAGUAUGAGGAGGUGGUUGGUGAUGCCAGUGCCUCGGGUGCUGCUCCAUCCUCCAUUGCUGCUUCCCUGUCCGUCGCUCUCCCCCCGGCCAUGCGCGCCUUGCGCUGCAUGGUGUGCCACGAGGGCUACCGGCUUCGCCCCAAUGAGCUUCUUGGUGCCUACACCUUCUCCAAACGCUUCUCUGACCUCUCCACCUGGAGCUUAACGUCCACCACCAGCCGGGUGGCGGUGCAGUGGUCGCUGUCCACUGUGUCCCACUUCAACGCCAUCCACUUCUCCUGCCACGACCGGGCCAAGCGCGCCGACUCCUCCCUCAAGCCACCCAAGCGCGAGUGGGAUGGUGCCGCGUUGAGGAACGGAGGCACCCUGUGCAACGCGCUCUUCCCACUCCGUGGGCCCCAGGUCUCCCCAGCUGUGUAUGCUCGCAGUCUUGACGCCUGGUGGGAGAACGUCUCUUCUCUUGGCCACCUGGACGGCUCUCGCCUGCUCGUCCUGCUCCGAGACCUGCGCACGCUGGUGGGCCGCUUCGUGCUGGGGGCCAGCUUCAGCCUCGACUGCCACGGGGGCGGGCGCGAGAGCAACGCUCGCCUCCUUCCCUUCAUCCUCCACAUGCUGCUGCACCUCUCGUCCACCGCCUCCUCCUCGCAACGCCACUCCCUCGACGCCUCCCUCUCUGCACUGCUUGAGAUUGCUUCAAAGCUGCACUCCAGGCUCCCCCCCGCUCUUUCCUCCAUCUUCCCCCAUUCUUCAGCUUCUGACUCCCCCUCACCUUCCUCCCCCUCACAGCUGCCCCCCUCCUCCUCUCCUCGACCUCCCUCUGCCUCCCCCUCCAGGUCUUCUCCUCUCUCCUCCUCCCCAUUACAGUCAUCUCCCCUUGCCUCCUCCCCACUACUAUCUUCCCUCCUCUCCUCCUCCCCAUCUGCCUCCAUAUCCUCCCCUCUCUCCUCCUCUCCCUCGGCCUCACUCAACGCUCGCUCACUCUCAACAGUAACAGCCGCAGGGGGGGGUAUGGGUGGCAGUGUGUGCGACGCCAUGCUGGCAACCGUGCUGACAUGGCCGCUGCACAGGUGGCAGCGGUCGCGCCACCUGUUCCUGCUGCUGGCAGUGCAAGAGGCGGCACAGGCGCAUGUUGCCGGACUAGAUGGCUCGGCUCUGCUGCCGCCGUCUCUAGCCUCUGUUCCUACCACCACGACUUCUGCUGCUGCUGCUGCUGCAGGUACCAGUACAGGCACGGCUUCAGAGCCGCCACCACCACCAGCACUUCGGGCAAUGCUGCUCUUUGCAUCUUUCGUGGACCGGCUCCAUACCUUCCUAAAAGCUUCUAGCUCUACUGGAGCAGCUUCUAACAAGGAUGCCGGGGAUGGCAGCGAAUGGGAGGGCAGGGAAAAGAGGGCGGAGAGUCAGAGUAGUGAAGUGGAAAGUGUGGAGGGACAAGGGAAGGGAGCUAUGAGAGGCGGGGAAAACUCAUCUCCAGUGCAAAUGCCUGGGUCUUCUCCGACUCCCGUCCCUUCAAUGUCAAGCCGAUCGCCUGGCUCCCGCAAAUCGGGCUCUGCUUCCCGGACGACGUCUCCUUUGUUGCGGUCGAAACAGGAGAAUGCGGCGGAUCGAGCUUGGGAGGAUUUGGCGAAGCAGCGGCUGGUGGAUGUGCCGUUGAUGGCAAGGCUUAGCAUGGAGAUAAUGCUAUGGAUGGACAUUGUACACGCUUCGCCAGGACCCAGCGAUUGGGAUAUGCUCCAAAGGAUGACAGGCCCUUGGCCUGGUUCGGGCAGUGAGCCUGCAGCUGAGCUGUUCAACCAUUUUGUGUCGCUUCUGUAAGUUUUGUUCACUCUAGUUGGUCUAGAAAGCGCAUUGACCAAAUAUCUCGUGGAUAUUAUUUUAUAGAUGUUAGGUACAAGAGGAAUAUUGGUGUACUCAGGCUAGUGUUCCUUAGUGCCACCACGUAGCAAGCUUUUCAGAUCAGAUGCUAAUUCCUUCGAACCAACGUCACUCCAUCGUCAGACGACACGCGAGCCAGCAAUGUAUGCACAGGUGGCGAAUUGUCGUGAGGUGAGAGGAUCUGUUUGCGUGGCUGGCAUCUUCCUGAGCAAUUUCGUCUGUGUGGUAACCUGGAAAUACUCCUAUCUUGAGGUUGACGAAGCGUGCUCCUUAACAUUCUCAUUCCUCCACCAACCACGGUCUACCUCCCAGCCAUGGCGACCGUGGCCUUCUGCUCCGCGCCUAGCGUUUCCGCAAGCCUCGCGCUCUCGCGGAGGGGGAAUGACGCCGGAGCGCAGCAGAGGCUGGCGCUAAGCAGCGCGGGCGUGCGAAACGGCGCGCUCGGCGUGGCUGCUCUGCGGAAGCAGUGCCGUCACAAUGGCGCGAACGCUGUCCGCCAGCCAGUGCACGCCAGGGCGAGCGGAAAGCCCUCCUCAUCUGCAGAGCCGUCCGAUGCGUCCAGCGUGGCAUCAACGGUGGCAGGGAAGGCCGUCGCCGCGGUGCUAGCUGCUAUCCAGGUGCUGGCGCCAGUAUCAGCCGCGUUCGUCCCCCUCCUGGCGCAGCCUCCCCCGGCGGAAGCGAUACUGCUGUCCCCGGACACCAAGGUUCCGCGCAAUGCUGACGUGGCACUCCGCCGCGCCGUGCCAGUUGUCAACGACGCGGUCAGGAAGAUCCAGGAUGAGUUGGAGGAGAUUUCGACUCUCAUGCGCAUCCCUCAGAAGAAGCCGUACAAGACAAUGCAGGCCAACGUGACCAAGGCCGUCAAGUUGGCAGAAGCCAAUCAGGCAGCGAUUUUAGAUGCUGUGCCAGUGGCUGACAAGGGGAGGGCAGAGGCCAUCUACAACGACCUGGUUA